CCCGCCAUGGCGGAGCCUUCGCAGGCCCGACGUCCGGUACCGCUCAUCGAGUCGGAGCUGUACUUCCUCAUCGCCCGCUACCUCUCGGCCGGCCGGUGUUGCCGAGCGGCGCAGGUGCUGGUGCAGGAGCUGGAGCAGUACCAGCUGUUGCCGAAGAGGUUGGACUGGGAGGGCAACGAGCACAGCAGGAGCUACGAGGAAUUGGUCUUGUCCAAUAAGCAUGUGGCCCACGAUCACCUGUUGCAAAUCUGCCAACGCCUCGGCCCAAUGCUGGAUAAAGAAAUCCCGCCCAGCAUUUCAAGAGUCACUUCUUUGCUUGGUGCAGGAAGGCAGUCUUUGCUACGUACUGCAAAAGGUACCUUAGUUUGAAGAAGUGUCUGCUUUGUACUAAUAGCUUACGUUAUGACUGUGAAGCUGUGUAAGAUGGUGGAAGGUAAU